AUGACGUCGCAUGGUGGUGAUGGUGAUGAGAAGUUGCGCUCGCUGCUAUCCACUGAAGUUUUGAGUGUUUUCUCGGUUCAGUUCAAGCAGUUCACAGCAGUACAGGUAUCAGUUUUUUCCUCUGGAAAAAGAAGACUUGGCUUGACCACUGGUCACUCGGACGAUUUCUUUGACGGGGAAAACUCGCCUGAUCACUCGUCGCACGGCUAG